CACGCAUCGACUCCCGCCGCCGCCGCUUCCGCUCCGUCGCUCGCCUCACGCCUCCGGCGCCACCUCCACCAUGGCCCCGAAGAAGGAGAAGGCCCCGCCGCCAUCGUCCAAGCCGGCCAAGUCCGGAGGCGGGAAGCAGAAGAAGAAGAAGUGGAGCAAGGGUAAGCAGAAGGAGAAGGUCAACAACGCUGUGCUCUUCGACCAGGCCACCUACGAUAAGCUGCUCUCCGAGGUGCCCAAGUACAAGCAGAUCACCCCAUCCAUCCUAUCUGAGCGCCUCAGGGUUAAUGGAUCCUUGGCACGGAGGGCCAUCAAGGAUCUGAUGGCAAAGGGGCUCAUAAGGAUGGUCUCUGUUCAUUCUAGCCAGCAGAUAUACACCAGGGCAACCAACACAUGAUGGGUGUUUUGCGUCUUGUGGACGUUAUCUAGUCUAGACGACUUGAUGUUGCUAUUAUAUCAAGUUUAAUUUAAUCGUGGCUCGAUCAAUCUUACUGUCGUGUUGAAUGUCGAAUAUUUUUGAGAUUAUUGUACUAUUUUAAUAUCAUGUUUUUUAUAACAUUUAAGACCAUGUUGCCAUCCAAAUUUUAAUCUUGGUGAGGAAUAUCAACCAAUCUCUGCUCUGCAAUUACAAUUGCUGAAGUUGUUGCGUGUGUUAUUAUGAAUUCAGUGUUACUUGACAAAU